UUUGACUGAGCUGAGAUUGGCUGCCAACUCCAAGCGCGGGUAGCGCUAUGAGAUCUUUGGUGCCGCGCACACCGCGUCUAUCGGAACGGCUCCCGAUGGCUUCGUGCACCGGCCGGCUGCUCGCAACCUUGCUGCUCGCACAUCAACUUAAUCUGCUUACUGCCUGCAAUGAAGCCUAUUACUCCUAUCUCAUUAAACACAUUUGCUUGGAGGCUUACAGAUUUCAGAUGACAGAUGUUGGACAAAAACUCUGGUGUGACUGGGGUGAAACAUUAAGUUCCUAUGGAGAUCUCACAAACUGCACAAUUUUGAUUGCUAACAAGAUGGAUUGUUUCUGGCCAAAUCAAGUAGUGGACCAGUUCUUCCUCACCAUUCACAAGGAAUACUUUGAAAACUGUUCCGUCUCCGGGAGAGCAUUGGGAGAUCCUCCAAACAACAUUGUAGGGCCAUUCAUUGCCAUCCCAGUGAUGAUUACUCUGUUCGUGACAGCACUGGUGGUGUGGAGAAGCAAACGGAAUGAGGGGAUUAUAUAACAACAAUUGGUCAGAGAGCACAUGAUUUAUCUAUCUGGCUUGCAAUUAUAUUGUUCUAGCUACCUUUGCAUUGGAGGGGAUAAACUGCGGCAUCUGAAAUUGAACAGUUGUUUGGUACAUAAACAGUGAGUAAAUAACAUCUAGAUUGCUACAUUCUGGAUUCUCUGUCAGUCGAAUACAAUCUGCACUGGGUUACUAAGCAUGUAACUUUAGUGAAUAAAAGUUUGACAUUUUAUUGCAGUUAGGUUGACUUCCUAACUCAUGCAUGGGAGACUAUGUUAAUGACUAAACCCUACACCAAUCUACAAAACAUACUCAAGCCAUGUGUGCAUCUAUUUAAAACCCAUUUAUCUACUUUUGUGAACUUUUGAUGUCCAGUCUGACGUAUUUUUCCGAGGAGAAUGAAUUAGCCUCAAGGAAUAAAUAAUAAAUCAAUUAAACAGUGAG